CUAUGAACAGUGAAUAAUAAUAAUAAUGAUAACAAUCAUAAUAAUGAUAGUUGCUCUCAUACAAUGGUUAUAAUGGUCACAAUACAAUGUCCGUUAUUAUCAGUAUAAACAUGGAUAGCCUGGUCUGUCUAAGGUGGGGAUAUAAAAUGGUGGGACUUUGGAAAUUUACAGGGAAUUCAAGUAAGAAAGGGGCCAUCAUUGGAGGAAUUGCUGGAGGAGUUGGGUUUCUGUUGCUUCUGGCCAUUGCCGCAUUCCUUUGUAUUGGACGAUCCAAAAAGCCUGGGAACAUUGAGAGAGGAGACAUAUUGGGGGCAACUGAGCUAAGAGGUCCGGUGGAUUAUCGUUAUGCGGAUCUUAAAGCUGCGACAAAAAAUUUCAGUGAAGAAAACAAAUUGGGAGAAGGUGGCUUUGGAGAAGUAUACAAGGGUGUGUUGAAAAACGGUAAAGCGGUCGCCGUGAAGAAACUCACAAUAGCUAAUGCCAGAAAAGUACACAUAGAUUUCCAGAGUGAGGUUAAGCUUAUAAGCAAUGUUCAUCAUCGAAAUCUAGUUCGUCUUCUUGGAUGUUCCACCAAAGGCCCUGAACUGCUGCUUGUCUACGAGUACAUGGCAAAUAGCAGCCUUGAUAAAGUCUUAUAUGGUGACAGACGUGGAAUUCUUAACUGGAAACAGCGAUUUGAUAUAAUUGUCGGCAUAGCACGAGGAUUAGCAUAUCUCCAUCAGGAAUUCCAUGUCUGCAUCAUUCAUCGUGACAUAAAGUCGAGCAAUAUACUGCUUGAUGACAAUUUCCAGCCUAAGAUUGCAGAUUUUGGAUUGGCAAGGCUUCUACCUGGCGAUCACAGUCAUCUCAGCACCAAAUUUGCGGGAACUUUGGGUUACACAGCACCUGAGUAUGCAAUCCAUGGACAGCUAUCUGAGAAAGUCGACACAUACAGCUAUGGCGUUGUUGUCCUGGAAAUAAUAAGUGGUCGAAAGAGCAAUGAUGUGAACCUUGAACCUGUAACCCAAUACCUUCUCGAAUGG